AUGGAAAAGUCAGUCCCAGAGCUUGUGGGAAGACAGUGGAGACAGGAUUUGGCAGAAGAGAGUGCUUGGGCCUUCUCUUGCGGAGUCGCAGCUCUGUUAUCCAACACUUUCAAAGUUCCAAUGGACGAUAUCUUACUGAGACACGGAGAAACUGGGGAGAUUGUUUUUGCUUAUACGACUCCCUUUACUAGAGAAAGCAUCUCCCAAACUGAGGAACAAGCAGCAACUGGAAAAGAUGGGCAAUCCAAGCAGGCGGCUGAUUCUUUGAACGCAGAAGAAACCUCUGAGGAGGAAUCCACUGAUCAGAAAUCCUCUACAAUCAACCAAACACAAUCUUCGUAUUAUUUUGACGACGUUGAGGAGGUUUUUGAAGAGGACGUGAUAGAGCUAUACCGAUCCUUCCACAAAAAAUUCCAUGAAGCAACGAGGCUCUCGUCGAAUGAACAAACACCAGCACCGCUCGAGAUCACACUAACACUGACACCAGUCGAUGCUGAGCUUCACAAGAUAUUUUGCUUUCCAUUUCUCAGUCGUUCCGCGGUGAAAGAGGACAAGUCUCGCAAGAAAGAUUAUAUGACAAUGUUGGAAUCUAUCCGCCACGAAGGGGCCCAAUCUUUCUUCAAGGCAUUUUGGGCCUUUGCUGAUCGCAUGCUCGCAGAGAGAGGCAUGAUGCAAACAACCGUGAUGGCAGAUGUCAUGAUUGAGUGUACCGAGAGUUUCCAAGUGAAAGACGUUUCCACCAAUGAGAUUCUGCAAGGCGAUGGUAUAGAGCGGACGGUGAGACAUUGUGUACGGAUGGAGAGAGAUUCUUCGUUGGUUCAAGAGGACAACCAAGAGUUUUGGGUACAAGGGAAUUGGAAAAUUGCAGAUAUUGACGACCACUUGGUUGGAAGAGGCCUUUGGACUCCAAUAUAA